CCUUGCAAGUGAAAACAGCGAUCGCUUUGGUGCAGGCGUGUAGCUCGAGUCUUUCUAGAGAGACGGGUUUGUUCGGGAGGAUUCUUCCUUUGCCUUUUCAAUCUUUCGUCUGCCUCUGACCCCUCUUUUUUGUCAAUCCGCGCUUUUUGAUUCAAAUCCUAUUUCUCUUCAAUCUCGUGCUUGUAAUUCUCUGUUUCCACCAAAUUUACACAGCAAUUCAAUGGCUACCGCUGGAAACAAGAACAUCAAUGCAAAAUUGGUGCUUCUUGGGGAUGUCGGAGCUGGAAAGUCCAGUCUUGUAUUGCGUUUCGUAAAAGGGCAAUUUGUUGAAUUUCAGGAAUCUACCAUUGGUGCUGCUUUUUUCUCACAAACAUUGGCUGUUAACGAUGCAACUGUAAAAUUUGAGAUUUGGGAUACGGCAGGUCAGGAGAGAUACCAUAGUCUCGCUCCAAUGUAUUACAGAGGAGCUGCGGCUGCAAUCAUUGUGUAUGACAUAACUAAUCAAGCCUCAUUUGAGCGAGCAAAAAGGUGGGUCCAGGAACUUCAGUCACAAGGUAACCCAAAUAUGGUUAUGGCACUUGCUGGUAAUAAAUCUGAUCUACUGGAUGCGAAGAAGGUCGCAGCAGAGGAAGCACAAGUAUAUGCCCAAGAGAAAGGCCUUUUCUUUAUGGAAACCUCAGCAAAGACUGCGACCAAUGUCAAUGAAAUUUUCUAUGAAAUAGCAAACAGGCUACCUCGUGUGCAGCCAGCAGAAAACCCAUCUGGAAUGGUACUCAUGGAUAGACCCGCAGAAAGGAUAGCCAACACAUCUUGUUGCUCAUAAAUGCUUCUGCAUCAUCAUCAUCCCGCGUAUCUGUAACUUCAUUUAGUGCUUGUGAUGUUCUCUCCUGAAAUUUAUGUUUCAUAGCUUCCCCGUUUCCCCUUGUUUGUGUGAUUACUCAUUUAGAAUUGUAAAUGCGUGCUCCUUUUCCAAUCAGUGAACAGAGAUUUGAGAUUGGCUCCCCGUGUACUGAAAUAUAUGUUGCUUCUUAUUUUAGUCUCUACACAUUGG